AUGUCGAGCAUUCCAGAGGAAAUUUACCAUGAAAUCCUCAUGAGGCUACCAGUGAAAUCCAUAUUAGCUUGCACGAGCAAGGUCAGGACCGGCAUCUACGAUGUUGGUUAUGAUUCAUUCUUAAAGGAAAGUGAAUUUGAUGAAGCUGCUGCUGUUGAAAUGCACUCAUCAAAAUCUUCCAACUGUACAUUGCGUGGUUCUUGUAAUGGUUUGGUUCUCCUCUCGUUUUAUAAGAAGGAAUUGACGUUCUUCCAAGGCGAAUUAGCUGACAGGUAUAACCUAUGCCUUUGUCUUUCGAACCCAGCCACAAGAGAAUACAAAGAAUUACCAGAGUCCCCGAAAUUAGAUUCGUUUGAAAGACUCGUCAUAUAUGGUUUUGGUUAUGACUACAAGAAUGACGAUUACAAGUUGUUCAAAAUUAUCAUGCAAACCAUUCCUUAUUGGUUUAGUUUUGUUGUAACAUCUGGGGUGCUUGUUCCAAAAGCUCUUCAUUGGUUAGUCUCAUCAGUUGGUUCCAAAACUCGGCCUUCUCCCAAUGUGAUAAUCUCUUUGGAUAUCAGCAACGAGAGAUUCGAUGAUAUGCUACUACCAAAAGAACUUUCUGAGAAGAGGAACAUGACCGUGGGAGUAUUGGAAAGUUGUCUCUGUGUUCUUCAUUUAAAGCAAGAUGAAUCUGAUGUCUGGGUAAUGCAAGAAUAUGGAGUCCAAGAAUCAUGGACUAAACAAUAUUCCAUUACGCUAGGGUUUCAUAGCAAAAUUUCCUAUUUGAGGUUGAUUUGGUCAUCAAAGAAUGGUAAGAUGCUUCUGCAAACUAACAGUGGUUUCUUUUUGUAUGACCUGAAGAAUUCAAGUGCCAUUGAAACAACGUUCGGUAUGUCAACGUACUGUGAUCUUGCAGAGAAUUACGUUGAAAGCCUAGUUUCACUCAACUCUAAUACUCAACGGAAAGAAAAUCAGAAGAAACGAAAACAUGAAGAAGAAGCUUGA